GAUGGCGGCAUCAGCAGCUCUCCUGGUGGGCACUGGUGCCAACUACCCAGUGUUUGAGGCGACUAACAACAUGAGACAAGUGCUACUCCCCGCAGACACUAGGACAGGUACCAUAAUCUACCGGUUACGCGCUUCAGACGCUGACCGUGACUACCCGCUCACGUUCGCUGCUACAGAUUUUGGAAGCUAUGUUAUUCGCAUAGAGACUCUACCUUGUUACGUGAACUCGUCUACUUGCUCGGCUAACGUGUUCCUGGAGCGUAGUGUUGCACCUGGUCAGCUGUACAAGUUUCGCCUAACAGUGCGAGACACCGCAGGGGAUACAACCACAGUAGCAGUCACCAUCGAGGUGACAGGUGGUUUCAGCGACAUCAAUGCUGUCUUCCCACACAUCCCAGGAGUCAUCAUGGUGCCUGAGGAUACUAAAGUUGGUACAGAACUAGAGUAUGUAAUUGUGAGGAAACCGAGAAAUUCACAUCCAGCCUUAUUAGAGCUCUGGCCAGCUCCAGAGUUCCGAUUGGUCCAGAGCUCCAAGAAGGAUACAUCCACAGGACUGAUAAAACUAGCCCAGGAACUGGACUACGAACAGCAGACCAUGUACAGGCUAUCAAUUUACGCUUUGGACAUGUAUGCAGUACCAGGGGAAGACUCCCGUAACAUUGCAGGGUUCCAGUUAGUGGUGGUGGUGGCAGACAUACAAGACACUCCACCCCUCUGGGACCACAUUGCCCCCAUCACUGUCCUCUCAUCCAACCUGAAGGAGGGAGACUUAGUGUUAAAGGUGACAGCUCGUGAUGGGGACACAGGUUCACCUCGGCAGAUAAAGUAUGGACUUGUCUCUGAGGGCAAUCCUUUCACAGUUUUCUUCUCCAUUGGCAGGGACAACGGAGAGAUACGUUUGGUGCGGCCAUUGCGGGAAUUAGUAUCUAUCUCCCACGCCCACCAGCCAGUGCUGCUAACAGUGCUAGCUGAAGAGGUAGUGGACUCCCGCCAGGAUGAACUCCCUGCCAUGUCCAGCGAAGCUACUGUUGCACUCUUGUUGGGUGAACUGGGCAACACCCCUCCAUAUUUCCAAAGCUCAUUUUAUUCAACAAUGAUUGAGGAAAACAGUGCUCAAGGGACAAUUCUGCGAUUUGAUGAUGCUUAUAACACACAAGUCAGAGAUGAUAAUAUGGGUAAGAUGGGAGUUUUUGCACUCUCAUUGGAAAACAACAAUGGAACUUUUGAAGUGAGUCCUAAUAUUGCUGAGCGACUAGCAGAUUUUGUCAUAAGAGUCAGGGAUAACUCCAUGUUAGAUUACGAAACCAACAAAGUCCUCACAUUCAAGAUCGUGGCUAAGGAAGUAACCCCAGGGAAGAAGUCACUGUUCUCAACAGUGAAUGUUACUGUACACUUGUUGGAUAUGAACGAUAACCCACCCGUGUUUCUGGCACCACAGUACUCAGUCAGUAUGCCAGAGAAUGUGACUUUAGGUCACCAAGUCAUAACUGUGGCAGCCCAAGACCCAGACACAGGACUGGGAGGUCUGGUGAGGUACACAGGACUCCAAGGGUACCUUAACACUUCCCUCAGUCUGCAUCCUCAUACUGGUACCAUCACUGUCAACACCAUCAAGCAUGGCUUCGACCGGGAAAUGGCUUCAGAAUACCAUUUCUUGGUCGAGGCAAGAGACAGUGAUGGAUUGGGCAAUCGUGCAGCUGUACCUCUUACAAUUACAGUGCUGGAUGUUAAUGACGAGGCACCCAAGUUUGUACGAGAUCCCAUGGAUUUCAUCUUGGAUAAGGACGGACUUGGAUUUACAGAGAGAGCUUUUAUUAAGGCUAUUGACAUGGAUGCAGAGCCACCCAACAACAUUGUUCGCUAUGAGAUAGUUAGUGGAAACUAUGGAGAAACCCGAUUCUCCGUUCAUGGAGAAACUGGUGAACUGAGAGUGGUAAAGUCUGUUAACCGGCCUGUCAGACAAGCUUCAAUCUCUGUGAUGAUACUUACUGUGAGAGCAUAUGACAUGGGAAUCCCAACGCAGUGGAGUAUUGCCCAGGCUCGAGUAUACCCGUACUCGAGUGGGGCGAGGGUGCUCACAUUCAUUGUUCCGGGGAAGCCAGACAAGGAAACAGUACAGAAGCUUCUGGAGGGAGUUACAGGGGGAGAAGUUACCGUACAGGAGGUAAAAGCCUUCCACAACUACCAGGGUCCGGCUCAGGAUCUAACCCAUGGCAGCUCUGACACAGACAAGAGUGUUGUGGUAGCUACAGUCUUGUUUACCGGGCACUCUGUAAUUGAUGUGGACAAACUUCAACAUCAACUCAACAACAGGACUGAACUUGUUGCUACUGUC